AUUUCAGUUAUUUCUUAACAAAUUUUCAAACUGUCUAUUGUUUUGUAUUAUGUAGUUUUCCAUAUUGAUUGACAACUGAAUUUUUUAUAGAGAGCAGGAAUAAGUUGCUUUUUUCUUGUUAACUUGGUGAUAGUUGUUGAAUUUGAAUGACCAGUGACAGUAUGUGAGCCUACUCCUGUUGGGGUGUUUCUGUGCUAUUGGGGGUGUUAUUUGUGAGUGUUAUAUAUGGGGUUAUUUGUGAGUGUUAUAUGUGGGGUUAUUUGUGAGUGUUAUAUAUUGGGUUGUUUGUGAGUGUUAUAAAUAUAUGGGUGUUAUUUGUGAGUGGUAUAUAUGUGGGGUUAUUUGUGAGUGUUAUAUAUGAGUGUUAUAUGUGGGUGUUAUUUAUGAGUGUUAUGUAUAAUAUGUCAUUGAGUGUUAUUUGUUAUAUAUGGGUGUUAUAUGUGAGUGUUAUAUGUGGGUGUUAUAUGUGAGUGUUAUAUGUAUGAGUCUUAUUUGAUUGUAUUUUCUAGAGCAAGACCUUACUCUUUUUGGCUUUUAAGGUAGUGGUGUGUUCAUUACUAUAUCAAGCAGGACAGAUCUAUAAAGAGUGACAUCAAGCCUACAUCACAGGUCAUGAAAAGUUGUUUGAAGUUAGGUGUAAACAACAAGGGCCCAGCAAUUGUAUUUGCUAGUUAGCAUGUUUUAAUAGCAGAGUUGUCAUUAAGUAGAAUUUUCUCACCUUAAUAAGGUAGAACAGGUAUGUUGAUUUACAAAAUGACAUUGACCAUUCAUCACUGUCCCCUGGGCGACAUCAGGCCCUAUGUAUCUGUACUUAGUCGGUCCCCGGGGCCCCAGACUCUGAGCCAGGUUAACUCGGGGAGGAAAGAAUGAACAGAAACUGUGAGCUUUGUGAAAAUGGAACUGUUAAAGUGUCUCCUGAACCCACUAGUACCCUUUCCCCGACAACAAUUGUUUCCAGGGUAACGAGUGCACCGGUUCUGACCACAGAGUUCACAAAUAUAACCUCCCAACAAAACGAUACAAUAAUCAGAACCAAGCCCACCUUAUUCGACCUUACUACAGAUUCUGGAUCCAGUGCUUUAAUACCUGUCUUACUAACAUUGAUAAUUAUUUUGCUGCUGGCUGCUGUUGUUGUGGCCGUCUGGUACAUCAAGAAAAGGAAAGGAAGUGGGUAUCACCUAUUUCUACGAGUUCAGCUGUUCCUCUACAAGGACCCGAGUAUCAGAAGAAACAGGAAGUCAUCAUCAUCAUCAAAUGGCAGCAAGAAAUCUAGGAAUAAUUCCGCAGCCAGUGAGAGUGGAGUCCCAAACAAUAUUGUCACUUCAAGUCAGGUCUCAAUGAAUGAAAAAGACUUUAAACACGCAUCUACAGCCCAACUCAUUGACGAGGCUUCCAUAAAAUCAGAUUAUGAAAACCCCAUGUUUGACCCAGUGAUAGAAGAAAAUGAAAGCUUUACGGUUAAAAUAGAAAUGGAACAGAAAGAAAUCUCUGACACACAGACAGACAGUAAUGUACAUCACUAUGACAAUACAUGUAUUUCUCCAAACCUUAAAGCUUUAAAUUCAUCAGAUUACUCGGAUAAAGAAGAAAAUGACCCACCAUAUGAUACUCCUCCAAAAAGAAGUUUCAAGGGAGAGCAGAGAGAACAGUCGGAGGAUGGGAGAGAUUUACACCUGAGUAGGGAGGGGGGUGGUAGUAGGGAGGGGAUGGAGAUAGGUAAUGUGGAGACAUCGGAGACAGAGAAAGCAAUGGAAGAUCUCAAACCGGACCUAAACGUUGACCAGAACUCCAACACAGAGGUUUCAGCCUUGGACAGGGAGUCUGUCAUUAAGAAUCAGCUCUCGGUGGACAGUGGGUACCAAACACAUGUGCACUCACCGCCACCCAACUGUGUCUGAUUCCAGCUUGUCCAGACAAAUCGUUACAUGUACACUCACCGCCACCCAAUUGUGUCUGAUUCCAGCUGGUCCAGACAAAUCGUUAACAGUAACUUGAGUACGAAACACUUGUACACUAACCAUAUCACCCAACUGAGUUUGACAUGGAGACUCCAUGAGCUGAAUCAAUUGUUUACAACAUCUUGAUUAUUAGCACUGUGAAUAACUUAGGGAUGAUCUAAAUGUUCUAUGAUAGCAUCUUACCACAGCUUUGGCCUGUAGUUUGACGAUUUCUCUUAUGAGAAGGUUAAUAUUACUUCGUAAUUUUAUAGUUUAUCAUAAACAAACAUGGCAUGUCAAAUGAAUCAAGUUCAAUUAAAACCAAUCAUGCAUCCACGACACUAUUUUUCCACAGCUGUAAUUUACGAAUACAUAAAUCAACACAAAUAUGAUAAUCAGGCCACACCAAUAUAACUUCCUGUUUGUCAGACAUGCAAUGAAAAAAGGUAUGAGCGGUCGAGCGAUUAAGGUUGUAUGGGACAUCUGUUGAUAUUAAUGUAGAUUAAAGUACAUUAUAUUCAAAAUACUUUCACCAGUUUAGAAUUUUCAAGUAUUACAAUAUUUAACCAAAAAAUAGCUUUAAAAAAAUAUGGAGAGCUCAAAAUUGUAAAACCCUGGGUGAGAUUCAAACUCAUGACAUACAGAUUUGUAUUAAACCCUCUAAUCCAUUGGCUACGCUGUUAGAUGACAUUAUACAGAAAGAAACUACUUAUAUAAUUACACUUUAUUUUAUUGUUUAUUUCGAUAAACAAUACGCCACAACAUGGAAGUGUCCCAUACCACCUUAAAUAAUGAAUUAUUUUUUCUGUAGGAAAAAUUUUUAGGCAGUACAUAAAUAAAUUUGUGCAGAUGGUUAUAUUUUUUCUACUUGUUUCUGUUUAUAAAUUAAGAGCUAUUGAAAAUACAAAAAAUAGAGGGGGAAUAGAACAGAAACCAAUGCAUAAUAAUCUGGGUGCAGGAAAUUAAUUAUUAUAUUAUUUGUUCAGUUUUAUUAAAAUACGAGCAAGUUGGAUUUGACAAAAAAGAAAUUAUAUUGGUAUGGCCUAAUGUGAAACAAAAUCUCAAGCUUUAACUAGUUUCAAAGAUCAAAAUUUUGAAGUAGUAUGUGCUAUUGUGUGAAUGUCAAUCAGUAGGAGGUUGUACAUUGUAAAAUACUAAGCCAUGGCACAGUUCUUGGUGAGAGAAUAGAGUUGUAUCUUGUUUGAUUUGAUUUUAUAUGAUUUAUCACUGUAAACAUAACUUACUUUCAUGUUUUUAUGUUAUUAAUUGUUUGUUACAUACUUGGAAUUCUAUCUGUUUUGUUUUAAUGUUUAAUUUAUUUGUUUGUAAUUACAGAAAUUGUACCUAAGAAAAUAAUCUUUAUUGUUGAGUUUAAAAACAUUUUUAUUAAUCAUGUUAAUACAUAUGAUGUAAAAAAAGAUGAGUUUUACAUUGUUUGGACAGGUCAGGGUAUACAGGUUUUAGAGUCAGUUGUUGAGUUGGGGUGUAACCCGUUAGUUGUUGAGUUGGGGUGUAACCCAUGUAUAGGGGAAGCACAUUCUGGAAUCAGGCCCCGGAGUGGUGGACAGAUAUUGAGGGACUUGGUAUCUCCAUCCUGAUAGACAGACCUGUUCAGGAUCUCCCGAUUCUUCACCAGAUUGAUUGCUCACAAAAUGUCUCAGGGUGAAUCCCAUUGUCUCCCUGAUUCUUCACCAGAUUGAUUGCUCACAAAAUGUCUCAGGGUGAUUCCCAUGGUCUCCCUGAUUCUUCACCAGAUUGAUUGCUCACAAAAUGUCUCAGUGUGAAUCCCAUUGUCUCCCUGAUUCUUCACCAGAUUGAUUGCUCACAAAAUGUCUCAGGGUGAAUCCCAUUGUCUCCCUGAUUAUUCACCAGAUUGAUUGCUCACAAAAUGUCACAAUCAGAAUCCCAUUGUUGGCACUUGGUGGAUUUUUGUAAGCUCCAGCAGGGAAGUAAAGAACAGUCUAAGUUGGGAUGCCAGUAUCACUCUGCAGUACUGUGAGUCAUUCAAGGACACGCGACACUCCUCAGUUUUAAAUAGGUUAUUUCUUCCUUAUUUACAUUUAAACCUGUCAUGCCAAGAAUUUAAGGGUGCAUUACCAGGCCUUUUUGGGAGUUGGAAUAUUUCGAAAUUUUCUUGUUAAUAUGUAGCAUACGAAUGCAAUUGAAUGCUUAUGAAUAAAGUCAUAUAUUAAAAGUAAUAUAUAUUUUUGAUUGAAACUAUAUAUCCAAAUAUAAAAAUAUAAAAUGAAAAAUAAAAUUUUAGAAUUACAAAGAUGAAAUCUUCACAUUAUGGAGAUAAUGAAAAAUAAUGAAAUAGAGGUCGCAUCUGACCUUAAUCACCUUCUAAUUCUUUAUAAUUAUAACCCCAAGAUGACUGUGUGAGGGUCAUUUUCAUGUAACACAGUGCUAUACCAGCUUACUAACACCCAGGGGUGACCAUGCAAAGGUCAGCGAAGGUCACCCUCUACUCUUUAUUUACCUAAAAAAUAGAUGACUGUAAGAUCUUCCUCAUAUAAUACAGUGCUAUACCUGCUUACUUACACCCAGGGGUGACCAAGUAGGGGUCAUCUUCUAUUUGUUGAUGUAAUUUAUCAUAUUUUGUCUUCAUUAACCCAAUACUUUUUUUUUUCAAAGGUUGCUUUACUUUCUUAUACAGCAG